GUACCUGAAGCACACACUGGACCAGUAUGUGGAGAGUGACUACACACUGCUCUACCUGCACCAUGGCCUCACCAGUGACAACAAGCCUUCUCUCAGCUGGCUGCGGGAUGCUUACCGGGAGUUUGACCGAAAGUACAAGAAGAACAUCAAAGCCCUGUACAUCGUGCACCCAACCAUGUUCAUCAAAACCCUGCUCAUCCUCUUCAAGCCCCUCAUUAGCUUCAAGUUUGGACGGAAGAUCUUCUAUGUGAAUUACUUGAGUGAGCUGAGUGAACAUGUGAAGCUGGAGCAGUUGGGAAUCCCUCGCCAAGUGCUCAAGUACGAUGACUUCCUCAAAUCCACACAGAAGAGCCCUGCAACAGCCCCUAAGCCCAUGCCACCACGGCCUCCCCUGCCCAACCAGCAGUUUGGUGUCUCAUUGCAGCAUCUCCAAGAGAAGAACCCAGAGCAGGAUCCCAUUCCAAUUGUGCUCAGGGAAACUGUUGCCUACCUCCAGGCCCACGCUCUUACCACUGAGGGCAUUUUUCGGAGAUCAGCCAACACCCAAGUCGUACGGGAAGUGCAGCAGAAAUACAACAUGGGCCUACCAGUGGACUUUGACCAGUACAAUGAGCUGCACCUGCCAGCGGUCAUCCUCAAGACCUUUCUUCGGGAGCUUCCUGAGCCCUUGCUAACCUUUGACCUCUACCUUCAUGUUGUGGGCUUCCUCAACAUUGAUGAGAGCCAGAGAGUGGAGGCGACACAGCAGGUCCUCCGGACACUGCCAGAGGAGAACUACCAGGUGCUUCGUUUUCUGACUGCCUUCCUGGUGCAGAUUUCUGCCCACUGUGAGCAGAACAAGAUGACAAACACUAACCUGGCUGUGGUCUUCGGCCCUAACUUGCUGUGGGCCAAGGAUGCUGCCAUUACCCUCAAGGCCAUCAACCCCAUCAACACUUUCACCAAGUUCCUCCUGGAUCACCAAGGGGAGUUGUUCCCCAGCACUGAGGCCAAGGGGCCCUGAGCCCAGCCCCCACCCACCUGCUCUGGCAGUCCCCGCUUGGACUCUUGCUCCUGGUGUCAGGCUUGCAGGAGCCCUGGGCUCCAGAAAGGGCUGUGAAGUCCCUGGAGAUGGAUGCUGGAGCCAGUCAACCAGGGAGCAACUCCUUCCUUCAGUUCAUUCCAACUCACAGGCCCUGGCGGCCUCGCUGUUACCAUGAGACAUUUUCUUCGCCUUCUACUUCUCACUGCCUCUCCGGAUGCCUGGUUUCUGCUGGGCUCUCCAGAGCUGGGUUUGGCUCUUCAACAUGGAGAAGGACUGAGCCCCAGUAAUCCGUUUCCUGCUUUUUCCUGCCUCUGUUUUCCUGGCAGCUGUGGACCACAAAAUCACUGCUGGCUGGGCUGGUAGCUGGGGCUGGUCCUCUCCUUCCUGAUUGGUAGGGAAUGGACAGCUGAGGUCCUUGGCUUGGCCUGGCCGAGCUGAGGUGCCUCCCUUUCUGGGUCAGUUGCUCUGCUUUUUUAGGAGUCCACCAAGUGUUGCCUGGAUGUAAGUACCCUGAUCCUGUCCUGCCUACUAAUGGCUCAACUUGGGUAGUUCCGCAGCUAAGGAAUGACAAGGCUGGAGUCACUGUCCUAUUUCUGCCUACUGGGUCCGCCUUUGCCAAGUGGUACUUACUGCCUCAACAUGUCCUAUCCCCCUAGUUCUCCAAGACCAGCAGCUUGGAUGACAGGACUCAGAAUCCCAGCAGCCAUUGCAAUAGGCCCCUUCCCUCCUAGGGAGAGCUCUAGCGUCAGGUGGGCAUGUGGUGAGCAGUCUUUACUCUCCAUGCCUUUACCUGUAUUCUCUCACACGUACAGGUCCUCAGCCACAGGCUCUUGUGGAUGUGUCUGUUGUGGAGUCACUCUGGUCCUUGCUCUGGCCAGAGGUGAUUCAGUGCCUCUAGCCUGGGGAUUCUUGAAGGGGUAGAAGCCUAGAAGGCCCAUAGGAGGGGCAGAGAUUUUGCUAGAUCAGCCCCUGCUGGGCAAGUUCUAGCAACCUUCCUGAGAGAGAGUAUGGGGCCCCAGGAAUCUAUUAUCUUUCAGAAAACCUGGACCCCAGUGAUAGUUGAUCUCCCUCAUUCCACUUUUUCCUGAUGAACCCUGAGUUUCUCUCCCUGCAGCCUUUUCCCCUGGUUGCAGGUACGUACUUAGUGACCCUGCCACCACAGUUGUGGCCAGGCAAACCGACUCCAGAGCCUGUAGUGUGGGGAUUCUCACUGAGCCGGCCCCCAGGCCUCCAGGAGUCUGGAGCUGCUACUGGUUGUCAGUCUCUGUGUUGCUAGCCUGGCCUUCCCUGGGCCACUGCUUCUGCACCCCACCCCCUCUUUUGUAUAUAAAGUGUUUCUCACAGUCCCAAUUACUGGGGUGCCUUUUGAAUAUAUCUUGUCUUUCUCCUGUCCCCUGAUCUGUUGGUCUGAACCUGGGGGCACUUGUACUGUGAAUCAAGUGUUCACAUUCACACGUAUGACUUCCUUGGCACCAAUCAUGGAUUUCACCAUUUGCACUUUUUGUAUUUCAAUAAAAAUGGAGAUGGAAAACUGUCCUCCAGUCCAUCACUUGUGAGCAGGUCAAAGGCCAUCUUCUAGGCCUGUCACUUUUUUUUUGUACCUGCAGCAUUCCAGCUGGUCAGAUCUGCAUGUGUUGUAUCUAGGACCAAGAGCCCUUGUGCUCUCACCUGGAAGGUACUGGAAGCUUGAAGGGAACUUAGAUUUUUCUAAAGCCAGCAAGGGAGAAAACUAGAGUGGACUGUGGUGAACAUAGGAUGGCUUGGGAGUCACACUAGGGUUUGGCUCAUGGUUCCAUCAGUUCCCACCUCUAACAGUGACAUAGUACUGGCCUCACUUUCUGAGACCAUCUCAUCAGAAUGUGGUUCCUCUGAGGACCAAAAAUACUGUCUGCGGUACCUAACACAGUGGUAACCAGGACCAUGAGUGAAGUGACAGCUGGUUUGGAACCCCUGUAUCCUUUUCCUUUGGCAGUAUUAGGGUUUGAACUCAGGGCAGGGACUCUACCAUUUGAGCCACACCUCUGCCCUUACUUUUCUCCUCACCCUGCCCUUGGCUUAGGAGGUGAAACUUUCCACCAGCCACCUACCAGGUAGAGGCUAUGAAAGAUCAGGUUUUCCCUUCCUCUUUCAAGCAGAUUUGCUUUGCUUUAAAGGUUAAGAUGGUAAAUUUUGGGCUGAGUCGUUAGCUCAGUAGUAGAGCACCUGCUUACCAUGUACAAGGC